UGUUUGAUCGUCAAUUGAUUGCGAUUUUCAUAGAAAUGUGAAUCACCUGCUAGAAUGAUACCAUAUGUUGGAUUUGGCCCUCAGCAUUCUCUUCCUUUGCAUGACUCUGCUUUUGGCAAGAAGGCUGUCCUCAUAUUGUAUGUACUAAGCACUACCUUCUGCAGUGCAGAUUUUUAUUGGGUAAAUUGUUAAAUUCUUCUUUCUAUCUACAGGUCUGCAUCAGCGAGAAAAGAUGGUGAGAGCAAAAAGCAAUUACGUCUUCAUUUUAUAACUAAACUACCAUUGAGCCUAGUCAAAGGUGAUCAGGUUAAGGGGGAGAGAGGAGCUCCUAUUCAUGUCAUCCUGGUAGAUUCCAGUACAGGUAGGGUUGUGCAAUUUGGACCCUUGUCAAUGCUGAAGUUGAUUGUGACGGUUAUUGGAGGUGACUUUGAUGAAGAAGCUGGUAAAAAUUGGACGGAAGAGUUCUUCGUAAACAAUGAAAUGAAGGGGCAAGAGGGGAAGAUGCCACUCUUGGCUGGUGAUCUCUCUGUGAUCCUCGAUAAAGGCAUGGGAACUUUGGGUUCUAUCACUUUUAAUGACCUGUCAAGCUGGACAAGAAGUGGAAAAUUCAGACUUGGAGUCAAAACUGCGUUGGAUUGUUGUGAGGAAAUCCGUGUCCUUGAGGGCAUAUCUAAUGCCUUUGUUGUGGAAGAUGUUCUAGUCUUAACGCCCUUGUUGUCGCUAAGCCCGUAUGCCAAUUUGGGAACGCCACUCCCGUGGUGAGCCGGAGCUUCGGUGAUUCGCAAGAACUGGCUUGCAGCAGAGCGAAUGAUGCGGUUUCCAACCCUGCCUGUACUUCAUGGUCGCAUUAUCUGCAACCUCAGGAUUUUUUAUGCCCUCUAUGUUGUAGCAUUAUAGUCAUUUGGAAUGGGAAACAUGCCCGUACGAUGCAUUAUUGGCUUGUACCGUAGCAAUUACAUGGCUCUCAUUUUUUUU